UGUGUGUGUGUGUGUGUGUGUGUGUGUGUGUGUGUGUGUGUGUGUGUGUGUGUGUGUGUUCUUGUACUUACUACGUUGUGAGGACUGACGUGAGUUUUUAACCAACACAGUGAGAACAUUUUUGGGAAGUGAGGACAUUUUGGCCGGUCCUCACUUUGUCAUGCUUUAAAUCAGCUCCUAAGGCUAUAUAGAAGCUACUCUGUGCUUUUCACAAAAAGACCUCAAUUUGGAUCAAUGUUGAGAAUUUUUCGCCAGAAUUUCACACACUUUUUACUCACUGCUCUGCCUACUGUUGAAAUUGGGUACUGCACCCACUAAAAGACCGUCAUGCUCCGCAGCACCAAUCUCAACAUAUGCCAACGCCUAUUUCCGGGAAAGUGCUACCUGAGCACUUCAAAAUAAAAGUUGGCUAAAAGCUGAUAGACAAAAUAAAAGAGGGAAAUUGAUAGCUCAUAUUUUAGUUUAUGUGAAAGCCUCUCCACUCAUUGGCAUUAAAAACAAAGUAAUUAAAAUACAUUUUAAACACCGAAAAGUUGACUAAUGCAACUAACAUAUGAAGUAGCCUGACCCCAGGAAAAUGUUUAUAAUUCACCAUUUUAAAAUGACUGUUGAUUUACACAGUUUUGGUUGACCCAAAGACACGAAGGCCAUAAAUAGGUGACCAUGAAAAUUUGAUAUGAGGCCUAAAUUAAUAUGUUACAUUACAUGGUGUUGUUGUCAGACACCCCUUUUCAAACAUUAGUUGUAUAUGUUAUUUUUUUAUUAGAUUUGGCUCAAAAUUCAUGCUUUUGAUUCUAUUUUAUACUUACAUGUUUCACCAUGCUUACCACUGAGGUUUAGGCUAUAAAAACAUUUUGCUGUGUUCUUACUGUUCUAUACUCGCACAUAUAAUGUACCAAAUAUUUCACAGCACAAAUGUCCACCAGCUGUGGAGCUUACAGUACUAAUUUUACAUGCACAUAUUAUCUGUGUAUGCUACUGCCCACUAACACAAUUAUGAGGUGUUUUUUUGUGGAAAGCAAUUUUUGGUCUCUAUGCAUUUUAAAAUUCAAUUUAGAUCAUGAUAAUCCUGAAUCCCCUGGACCAAAAUCUUGAUAGGUCUGAUGGAAACAAGUUGACUUUGGUUUUGGAGAAGUCUUAAGCACCUCUGCAAAUACAGAUGGGGGAAGAUGAAAGGAAAAUCAAUGUGUAUGCAGCCACCCUGGGCCUACAGAACAGCUUCACAGUAUAUGGAAGUCUACAGGACAGAUAAACAUUCUCCUUAAGAUUUCUCCUCAGUAACACACUUUUAUUUAAGUAACUUAAUUGACUUAUUUACUCAGAGAAUCUAAUAAUCUGCAUUUAAUGUUUCUCCACUCAUUUAUCAUUCUUUUUAAAAAAUUUGUCCUUAAAUUUCCUCAGUAAAUAAAUCAAGAAGUUGAAUAUUUUGGUCUGUUUUGUUUAAUUAGGUGUCCCUUUUUAUAGUUUUAGGAUUUGUGUGAAAUUCUGAUGAUGUUUUAGGUGAAAUUUUAAAAAAUAGGACCAUGAAAGGGUUAAUGAAGUUUUAAGAUGAGUUCUGAGGGUCAGAGCUGCUCCUGUGUGCUCACCCCCUCCCCCCACGCUGAUGGCUCGUUCACCAAUUAUCCAAUCAGAGGUGGAGAAGCGAGGUGAAGAGGUCAGCUCGCUGAGACCUGCCCAAGCACCUCUGCAAAUACAGAUGGGUGAAAAUGAAAGGAAAAUCAAUGUGUAUGCAGCCACCCUGGGCCCAAAGAACAGCCUCACAGUAUAUGGAAGUCUACAGGACAGAUAAACAUUCUCCUUAAGAUUUCUCCUCAGUAACACAAACUUUUAUUUAAGUAACUUAAUUGACAUUUACUCAGAGAAUCUAAUAAUCUGCAUUUAAUAUGUUUCUCCACUCAUUUAUCAUUCUUUUUAAAAAAAAUUGUCCUUAAAUUUCCUCAGUAAAUAAAUCAAGAAGUUAAAUAUUUUGAUCUGUAUUGUUUAAUUAGUUGUCCCUUUUUAUAGUUUUAGGAUUUGUCUGAAAUUCUGAUGCUUUUUUGGGUGAAAUUUAAAAAACAAGACCAUGAAAGGGGUAAUGAAGUUUUAGGAUGAGUUUUCAGGGUCAGAGCUGCUCCUGUGUGCUCACCUCCUCCCCCCACGCUGAUGGCUCGUUCACCAAUUAUCCAAUCAGAGGUGGAGAAGCGAGGUGAAGAGGUCAGCUCGCUGAGACCUGCCCAAGCACCUCCACCUCGCAUACACCUCCCCCCUCUGACUCUCCUCCGACUCGGACGUGCAGCAUUUAAAAAUGGAGAGAUUUAAAAGAAGACUUGGAACUUUACAGACUCACCACCGAAAGUGUGAAGAGAGAUUUGAAAAUGCUCAGGCCAAAAAGGACCACUGCCCCUCAUCAGGUGAACAGACACCUCUCAAACGGAGGUGUGGUGAUGAACCUGAUAAAGCCUGCUACGUCCCAUCAGCACCAUCACCAUCCACGAGAGAUGAGAUGCUCACAGAGGAGUCUCUGUUAUCCAGCCACAGUGGAUCUGAUGUAGACUACAAACCAUCAUCAUCACCAUCAUCCAGAGAAGACGAGGUGCUUGCACAGGAGUCCCACUCAUCCUGCUACAGUUCACCAGAGAAGCACCACCGUCAUUUACCAUCCAGUGAUACUGAGAUUGGCUACUUUACCAGUACUUUCCAAGAUGGAGAACAGCUGUUCACCACAAGCUCAUCAGCUCAGAGGCAAAAGAAGACUGUCACAAGACGAAGACAUGAUGAAGAUGAUGAUGACUCUGAUGGAGAGGUGCCAUAUUCAGCUGCAGCAAGGUCACUUGUAAAGAGACAAUGGCAGACUGCAAGAAGACAUGGUGAAGAUGAUGGUGGUGCUGAUGAGGAUGAUGGGAGUGAUAACACCAGUCAAGUUGGAGGGAUGCAACAAGACACCAACAGAGGGCCACAAAAGAUGACUACAGCUAAAGAAAAACAUGAUGAUGAUGAUGAUGAUGAUGACAGUGAUGAUGAUGUGAGUGAUGACAAGACUGGUCCAGGCACUGAAAACACAGGUAAUAUUUUUUGUCUGACUUGGAUUCUAUUUGAGUGUAGUAUUGGCAUGUUUCUGAGAUGCAGAUGUAAGGACUUUGACUCUAUCAAAACAUGUUCUUUUAUAGAUGGCGUGGUGCGCCAGGAGACAGCUGGAAGACCACUUGUUAAACAAAAAGAGAGAACUACAGAAAAACAUGAUGAUGAUGAUAGACAGGAGCCACACUCAACUUCAGGAAGCUCAGCUGUUGACAAACCAAAGAGGAUUGCAACCACAAGACAAGAUGAUGGAGAUGAUGAAGAUAGCGGUGACUCUGAGCAUGAUGAAAAAGAUAGAAAGCGUGUUAAGAGACGAAAGAAAGCUGCACAUAAACAAAAGCGUCAACAAGACAAUGAUGACUCGGAUGGAGAGGACAGACAGACUACUGCCACCGGAUCCCCUCGAAAGGACCAAAAGAAGACUGCAGUUACAAGAGAAUGCAGUGACACUGAUGCUCCAGAAAUGGAAGUCAAGAAACAAGGUAAGAGACCCUGGAAUGAACGGGAGAGGACUGCAGUGAAACGACACCUUGGCAAGUUUAUCGCACUGCAGAAAGUUCCAACAAAGCAGGACUGCCUGAUGUGUAUUGACAAAGAGUCUUCAGUCCUAAGAGCACGGCGGUGGACAGACGUGAAAUAUUUUGUCUACAAUGAAAUUGUUAAAAUCAAGAGAAAACCUGCAUUCUGAAUUAAUAGACUACAAGAGAGGGAGGAAACUGAGACAAGGGGUUAGAAGAUGAGAGAAGAGGGAGAGGAAGCAGGUGAUUAUUCCUGUGUUUUAAAGGGUUUGUUAAUGUCUGUUCGUUUGUUGAUUUGUUAGGAGACCCUUUAGCCUGCCCUACAGCACAGCAAAUCUUUUAAGCAGUAGUUUGUGUUGAGGAACUGACACCUGUAGUUUCUUACCUUUCAGGAAGAUGUCUCAGGAUACACUUGAAUGUUUUGUAUUGUUCUUAUGAACUGCUGCAUUUUGAAUAGGUGCAAUAUGUUAAUAUCUACUGCACUUUGCACAACUAAAGAGUCUUGUAACUGGAGUAUUUGGCUGCCAAGACUGGGUAUUAAAUAAUCCAGUGUUCACCAGUUGGAUCUAUUACUGUUCAUUAUG